UAUAUGGUUCCGACCAGACGCGCAUCAUCAGUGUCGCUUGAAAAUAGUAAAAUUUGUAACAAGCUUUAUUUUCCAAAUGUCGAACGGAAAUAGGAGCAAUCACACAGAUAAAUCGAUUAUGAAAAGAAAAGUAGGGAAAUGGUGUACAAAAAAGCAAAAAUCUGCCACCUACUCAGAGGAGACUCUACAACAGGCACUCAAAGAUGUCCGGGCUGGUGAAUCAAAAAAAUCAGUUGCCCAGAAGUACGGGAUACCUAGAGCCACUAUCCAGUUUCGACUGAAAAACAAGUUAGCUGGAGCAAAACGAGGUCGCAGAACAUACUUGACUGAAGAAGAGGAAGCUAAAAUUGUCAAUUGGAUAUUGGAAAAUGACAGGAAGGGUUUUCCAAGAAGACAGAUUGACCUACAGCUAGCAGUGAAGUCAUUCCUGGAUAAUCAUGAAAGGGACAAUCCAUUUACGAAUAACUUUCCCGGUAUACACUGGUACAAAUUAUUCAUGAAACGACACCCACAACUGAGUGAGCGCACUGCUGAAGGGAUUACAUCUGCUUCCUCAGUUGUUUCCGAAAAUAAUAUAAGAGGAUGGUUCAGAGAUAUUGAGAAGUACCUUAAAGAGAAGGAUCUGUUUUCAAUAUUGGCGGACCCAAGUCGCGUAUUUAAUGGCGAUGAAACAUGUUUUCAGUAUAAUCCAAAAUUGGGAAAGGUCAUUGCACCAAGAGGUAAAAAAAAUGUUUACGAGGUUGAUCUGGGUAAAGCCAAGGAAAAUUUGACGGCAAUGUUUACAUUUUCUGCCUCAGGUAUAACAACGCCGCCAAUGAUCAUCUACCCAAACAAGAGGCUCAAGUCGGCUGUAGCAAAUGUCAUACCGGAUGAAUGGGCGAUAGGUUUGAGUGAAAAUGGCUGGAUGAAAUCGGAAAUAUUCAUUGAUUACAUACAAAACCAUUUAUAUCCCCAUUUGAAACAAAUUAAUACUAGAUUCCCAAUCAUUCUUUUCGUUGAUGGUCAUAAAUCACACCUAUCUCUGGAGCUGAGUGAGGUUUGUACCAAACUCGAAAUUGUUUUGGUUGCACUAUACCCAAAUUGCACAAGAAUUAUGCAACCAGCUGAUGUAGCCAAUUUUAGACCGCUCAAAAGCUUAUGGAAGAAAUCUGUUCUACAAUGGAGACAUGAAAAUCCUUACUGCCAGUUUGGCAAAGAGCAUUCCGCACCAGUUUUAGAAACUGCGAUAAAUGGACUUAACAAAGAGUCAACCAUUAAUGGAUUCAAAGCAUGUGGCCUUUUCCCAUGGAAUCCAGAUGCUCCGGAUUAUAGUAAAUGCCUAGGGAAAAAAACAAAUAGGGCUGAGAUAUCAGAGAGACAAGAGCAGCUACAAUCCAAUGUUAGUAAUUAUGAAGAUAUAUGGAAUGUGUUCGAUGAACUAUUAGUAAAAAGACUCAAAAAUGGAGCUAUUAGUGGUUGCUGCUCCUCAGACUGCGAGAAUUUCAACAUUUUAUUGAAAAUAUAUAAUAUUCUGGAACGCCAAAAGAAAAAUAAUACAGCCGGUGCGAAAUGUAUUUUCUCUCAGGAGGAGAUCAAUAACAUGCCGAUUGUAUUGCUGGACGAAGAACAACCCACUGAGGUAAAUGUUGACGAACUGCUUAUGAAUUUUACUUAUGACGAUGGUGAUAUGUUGAAUCAAAAUAUUCUUACGGAGAGUGAAUUAGAAACCAUCAACUUAUCAUUAAUGGGAAGUGGUAUUCACGCAGAAAUUGAUAACAUUACCACCGAACCUGCGAGGCAACUAAGUGAUAAUCCACUACAGAAGAGCUCAACUUCAAGUCCAGAGCAUAAUGGUGAAAAUGCCCAUAUUGAAAGAUUUUUAGAUCUUCAAGGUUAG